AUGGCAGAGGGCGACCGCGACGUCUAUGCCUACCUUACUAGCCUUCUAAACAGCAGGUCCAAGACAGAAAGUCUCCUUUUUUACGCCACCUCACCGGCAUUCGCUUUUCGGUACCUCGCCAAUGAAUUAGGCAUCUCGGCUACCUGCAAACGUCUUAACCAAAUUCUUGCAGGCGACCAAAAACAGUUCAUGGCUACUGCUCAGAUGCUGGGCAGCGAGAAGGCGAUGUCCAACUUUUUGUUCAAUUAUAACUCCACCCGGCAGAUGGCUUGUGCCUGCGUAGAAAGCCUGUUUGAUGGAUUGAAUCUGAAGAAGGAACAUCUCAAUCAUUUGUUGGAUUCUGAACUUGAAGGACAUCCACUCAUCGUCUGGCUAUUAUCAACGGCAGGGCCGAAUAUUCUCGAAGAGGUCUUGGUCUCUCAAGAGGCAGAAAUCACGAAAAGACUGAACCAACUACGCGAAGCACUACGCGAAUGCAACCUGAUGCGAUUAGGUCAAAUAAAUGUGUCUCCAUUUCACUUUAUCUAUUUUGAGCAUUCGAGCAGCGAAGAAAUCAAGCGACCAAAAACAGUUCAUGGCUACUGCUCAGAUGCUGGGCAGCGAGAAAGCGAUGUCCAACUUUUUGUUCGAUUAUAA